AUGGAGAGGGGGGAAAAAGAAGAAAAAAAAAAGAAAAAAUGGAAAAAAAAGAGCGAGCAUCCAGCACGCGCCGUUGCGUACUAUUUGCGAGAUUCGCAGGACGCGCGGCAGCGGGCCCAUGGGGUGACGCGGGCGGUGGUGGCGGCGGCGGCGGCGGCGGAGGCGGGGGCGGUUGGCGGGGGCGAUGGCGGCGGCUGA